UAUAGAUAUAAAGCAAUAUGUCUGGACCUGGGAAUCAGGCACUCAAUGUCAAUAGUGUUGUUGGACAACAUGGCAAUUUAGAAAUUACCAGCCGCGGCUCAGAUUGGUAUUAUACCGUCUGCUCCUUGAUGGGCCUAGCGACCCUCGUCUUCAUGGGAUUGUCCUUUCGAAGACCCCAAGGCGAUCGCGUAUUCCACUAUAUCACCGCGGGUAUAACGGCCGUGGCGUGUAUUGCGUAUUUCGCAAUGGGUUCAAAUCUUGGGCAGGUUCCUAUCCUAGCCGAAUUCAUCCGGCCGGGCAGCCGUUUGGUCAGACCAGCUGGAAGUCGAGAAAUCUUUUACGCUCGGUAUAUCGACUGGGUGAUCACUACCCCUUUACUCCUUCUCGACCUUCUCCUUACCGCCGGAGUUCCCACGCCAACAAUUCUGGCUACGCUCCUCGCCGACGAAGUCAUGAUUGUCACUGGCCUCAUCGGCGCCCUGACACGGACCACUUAUAAAUGGGGGUUUUGGACCUUUGGCAUGAUGGCGCUUUUCUUCAUUGCUUAUGAGUUGUUGUUCGACGCACGACGCCAUGCCCAACGACUCGGUGGAGACGCGAACAAGACAUUUAUGAUAUGCGGUAUCUUUCUCCUCUUCAUUUGGUUCUUAUACCCCAUCGCCUGGGGUCUCUCCGAAGGUGGCAACGUCAUCCACCCCGACGGCGAGGCCGUGUUCUAUGGCAUCCUUGACAUCUUGGCCAAGCCGAUAUUUGGCGUUCUCCUCAUCUGGGGCCAUCGCAGAACAACCUCGUUGCAGUUGGGACUUCGCAUCCGGGAUCGAAGCCAACUAGCCAACGAGAAAUACGACCCCGAAAAAACUCAUCGCGACGGCGUACACCCCGAGGGUCCCGGAGCGAACGUGGGUGGAUCUACAGCCGGGCCUCCCACCAUCACGACUACUGCUGCUCCUGGAGUCGCUGCUCCUGGAGUCGCUGCUCCCGGAGCCCACCCCGCCACUACGCAGGCGAGCGUAUGAGCCACCGCUGCUAUGCCUAUAUUACUAGGUUAGGUAAUUGGACCCCUAGAUAUAACCUAGGCGUUGAAUAUCUGACUCCGAGUCAUCGGUUAUCACCGUAAAUGAAUUUAAAGGCCGAGAAAUGUAUAGAUUAAAUUUGACAAUAAUCGUUCAGACAACCAUAAGAACACACUAUCCUUAA